AUGGAUGUGGAUGAAUGUGCAUUACCUGACACUAUCAACCCAAAUAACUUCCCUGCCAAACUGUGGCGUUUGGUGAACAACCCAGCAUAUAGGGCCAUCAAGUGGGACAGCAUUGGCGAAGCAAUCCUCAUUGAUAAACACCUCUUUGAGCAAGAGAUCCUCUCUCCACUUGUCUCCAAUUUCGACAAUGCUGAUGCCUUCAAAACCACCAACUUUUCAAGCUUUGUUCGUCAGCUCAAUCUGUACGGCUUCAGGAAAGUUGAGUCAUCUAAUUCAGAAACCAAACUUUAUUCUGAGUGCAGUGGGGAGUACUUUCAUUAUCUCAACCCAAUCUUCAAGAAAAAACACCCAGAACUUCUUGCAAGUAUGAGAAGACUCACAGCCGACAACAAGGCUAAGUUUAAGGCUGGUGAAGACAUCAGUUGUCGACCCCCGAGUAAACAUAGGCGGAUCAGUAGGGUGGAUGAUGGAAGAAGUGAAAAUAUGAAAAGAGGUUAGUUUAAUGACAAAUCAUCUUUUAUUCCUUUCCACAUAUAGACUGUAAAAAUAGUAGCUGCCGCAGUGUCCCCAGGGUGGAAUAUUGAAUGACUGUAAAAUCAAACAACUUUCUACAAUUUUCUUAUGACUUACCUUUUCUCACAAACCUGACUUUGUUUAUUCUUAAUGUUUCAUGAGUUGAUCACUCAAACCUAUAGCUCUAGCACAUCUAAUAUCACUUUAAUAAACCCCUGUCUGACAGGUUGUUAUGAAGCUUUGCUUUUUUCUGUCUGUGCAGAAGGAGUUCCACUGCUCAGCCCUACCCAUCAGGAGUUGCCUCAUCCCUACUACCCGAAAAAAGCUCCGCCUGGGACAGUUCACAAUAGAACCCCAGUCCCGCCAAGAUACCUGAUAAGGGGUUGUGGUGCUGCUCUUUCUCCUUCUGUCUUUGCCUCAGACAAAGGGAAACAGAUGUCUUUUAACCACCAACAUGCUGGGGCUGUCUCCGGACCCAGCGCUAUGCAAGUUCAGCUGGGUUUACGAGCUGAUGUGAACCAUGGAAAUGUACAUUAUCCACCCAAGUACUUUGCCCCAGGUUAGCACCUCAGCAGCUAUUCUGUUGGACAAGCUAUAGACCACAGUUGUUGCAUCACUGUAGGGAAAUUUAACAUGAGUAGAAAACACAGGAGCUAAAGUGUAACAGCAUAUUACUGACGAGCGAUUAAUGCAUUUUUUCCCCUGGUCUCUAAAGUUUGCUCGUGCCAUCCAAUGAGCCAGGCACCACAGAGGGUCUGUAGUGGUUUCCAGACAGGACUGUUGCCCGCCAACAGAUACUACCAGGUAGCAGAUAGAUUAUUCCAGAAUAAUGAGUUUAUUUUUUGUGUUAACACUUUAAUGAAUACCCGUCUGAAGGUUUUCUAACCUUCCUUUUUCCAUGGUUCUCAGACCAAGUGGUAUGGGGAACACAGCCAUGACCAGCAGAAUGAGGACAACCAGGAGAUGAAAAGGUGUAGCGUUAAUUUGGACAGGGUUUUCCAGAUUGCAGAUGAGGUGAUGCAACCUCCGCCCAGUAGGUGCGUGGUUGAAGUCAAGACUCCAGAGAGGCCAUUGUCUGAGUCCCCAGUGACCCCCCACACCCGUAGCACCUUGCAAGGAUGCCCUCUUUCUGUUGGAUCCAUCAUAACAGUUGUGAGAGGCAAUGCUGAUGACCUCGAAGAUGCACCAACUGACUUAUCUGUAGUUUUAGUGCCCGAGCAGCUGCCUGAAGAUGCCAUAUGCGUGGUAAGUCUCUUUAUUGUAAUUGUUCUCAAGCAUGAAGGAAAACUUUUGUAAGAUUUAAAGAUGGUGGUUUACUGUGGGCAGUCCAGAAGUUUGAAAAAGGAAACAGUUCCCAUGAUGUGUAUCUUUGUAUUUGUUAGGGUAUAUACAGUAUAGUUGUUAUCAGUGUUUAACAGCUAAGUAGAGGACCUGCAAGUUUUUUGUUUUGCUUUCUUCUGUACCCUGAAUAGGUUAUUUGUGAUGAUACCGAGACCAGCAAGAGGAUAGCUGUUGAGGGAAGCAACAUUCUCAAGGACAACAAUCCAAUCAAAAGCAGCAGCUGUACAGAGACUACAUCAGGUCUGUAGGUAAGAUACUACAUGGAACAUUACGGAAGCAUAAUCAAAGCAAACCAAGUCAAAGAAAAGACUUUUCAGAUUAUAACUGACACCAGUUAUUGACAGUUAUUUAUAUCUCUUGUUUUAGAUUCCAGCUUGUUUAUUGGAAUGGCUAGUGACAGUGAGGAAUCCCCACUGUGAAGGAUGUGACCUGAAGUCCUCACCACAUCUCACACUCACAGGAGUGAUUAUUAUAUUUUGAGUAGUUCAGGUGUUUUAAUGGUAAUGUUAUUCAGAAAAAGAAAUAGAACAGGUUAGUUCUUUAUGUUUUUGUGCACUUGACGUGUUGUUUGUGACUGUG